AUGAAUGGGGCGUCGCGGUCGCCUGGAGUGCUCUCGCCUGUGAAUGGUGUGGCGCCUGCGGCCACACCCGGGACGCCUGCCACGCCGGGCACGCAGUUCACCUCUGAGUUCCAGGAGUGGCUUCAUCGGAAGACGGCCGAGCGGAAACAGUUGCUUGCUCGCGUCUCGCGCAUCAUCGAGGCCCGCAAAGCCAGCAGGAGCCCCGGUAGCGAGAGCGAGGACCGCGGGCGGAUGCAAGGCGAGGUGAACGAGGCGGCGGUACGGGCGGCGGCCUCGAUCUCACCGUCGUACCGACCGUACUACACGUCGAUGGUGUCGUCGCGUGGCGGGACGCCUGGGCUGGACGCCAAGGAGAAUAUCAGCGUCGGGAGCGGCGUGGACGGGAUGAGUCACAGAGGCUGCGAGCUCUCGCUCUCGCCGAUCCGGGCGGCCGACGCCUCGCGUGGGACCGACGAGGUCUCGCUCGAGUCGUCUGAGGCCUCGUUCCGGCUCGCACGGCUGAGCAGGAGCGGCAGCGGGGCGUACCCGACCUCGGUCUCGCAGAGUUCGGUCUUUACCGAGCCUGUCGAGUCGUCAGUCCUGGUGUCGGCGAGCAAGGACAUCCUGGUUGUCAUCUCGCCCGAGUCGCGGGCAAAGACCCAGGCGCUGCGCGACGAGAACGAGGCGCUGCGGGCACGGGUGGCGGCGCUGGAGGCGCAGGUCGGCGCGGCGGCGUCGCCGGGCUCGGUCGAUCGCUCGCGGACGGUGAUCAAGAACUUGUCGGAGCAGGUGGCGGCGCUGGCGGCCGAGGCCGAGGAGCAGGCCGAGCUGGCGGCGCUGGCGCAGUCGCAGGUCGAGACGCUGACCAACGAGAAGCUCUCGCUCUUUGUCGAGGUCGCGCAGGGUCGUCAGGCAGUCCUCGUUGCCGAAGAGGAGAACGCGGCGCUGCAGGCACAGCUUGCUGCUGCGCUCCGCGACGCACAGACCGGCGACGCCACCGCUACUGCUACCGCUGCGGACGCCGCCGCCGACUCGGCCUCGGCCGCCCGCAUCGCGGUACUCGAGGCCAAGUGCCGCGAGUACGAGGGCAUGCUCCAGUGGCUCCGCGAGGUUGUGGCCCUCCUCCGCCAGCCGCAGUUUGACCAGUUUGUCAUUGCGGACGCCCUCGAGUCGGUUGCUGACGUCUCGAUGUCGCGUGACGACGACGACGACGGCGACGUGUCCGGGUAUUUGUAA